CGGAAGGUCGCAUUGCCGAUUACUGUCGGAUGCAGACCAGCGGAAGGCAUGCAUGUCAAGGACAUCGCUGAAAAGGCUGGCGUUGACCAGCGGAAACUGGCGAGAGUGCUUCGCGCUCUUUCCUCCGUGCAUGUGUUCAAGGAGGUCAAGGAGCUUCAAUUCGCCAACAGCUGGACGUCACAGGCAUGCUGGCUCUUGACUAACGGAUUAGAAGUUUACACCGCAUCAGAAGGUUUACUUAGAGUCCUCUUCGAUCCAGCGCGCAAGGCGUCCCAUUCACUCCAUGAUACGGCCUUCAACGAGGCACAUCACACGAAGUUGACCUUCUGGGAAUUCCUCGAACAAGGAGAGGAACAGCAAGAUGGGACUGUGAAACCUCGACGUGGGCUGGAGAUAUUCAGUCUUGCCAUGUUAGGCGGUGGACGUGUUCACGCGCCUCCAUUGUACGCGGACUAUCCUUGGGGUGCACUCGGUUCUGCGACUGUAGUGGACGUGGGAGGAGGCGUAGGCGGGAUGUGCCUAGAGCUGGCGAAGAGAUAUCCGGAACUCAAAUUCGUUCUCCAAGACAGGCCGCCCGUGAUAGAGAAGGCCAAGGCUGUAUGGCAACGCGAACUACCAGAAGCCAUAGAGUCGCAGCGUAUAUCGUUCAUCGAGCACGACUUCUUCACAAAACAGCCUGUCAAAGGCGCCGAAGUUUACUUUAUGCGCAAUGUCCUUCACGACUGGCCAGAUGAUGAGUCUUGCACGAUCUUCAAGCACCUUCACGACGCCAUGGGCCCCAACUCUCGCAUCCUGACUGCCGACCAAGUCAUCCAUACUACGAUAGGCUCGAAGUACCUCAAGUCCGCCCCGUCACCAUUGCCAGCCAACUACGGAUACGCACAUCAACUGGCUCAUAUCCGGGACAUGAACAUGAUGACGCUAUUCAAUGCCAAGGAACGCACGCCGGAGGAUCUGGACGAGUUGGCACAGCGGGUGUCGUUGAAGGUGGCGAAGGUAUGGGAAUGCCGCGGCAUGUUGUCGAUCACGGAGAUGAGGAGGCAGGAGGACGUCGCGGUU